AUGGGUGUGGAAUCGACGGUGAAAGCCUUGCCAGACGAUUCGGUGAAAAAGAAGCCGGUUAACCUGCGGCCUGAGGAGGGGUCUCGUCAGCCCACGGGGAAUUCGGCUAUCAUCCAAGACGCCCAAGCUUUUCCGAAAGCGUUGGACGCGUUCUAUCUGAAACUCUUAAACGAAACCCCUGGGGGAAAUCCGGAGCAGAACCCGCAGCACUUCACGGAUAUUGAGGAAGGGCCGUACGUCGCCUUGCCGUAUGAUCCUAACUUUGUGGAGGAUCCGGCCCUUUGGCAGGCGUGUGAUCCACGAAAUGCCUCAUUUUCCGUCGAACGGGAUCGGCUCUGUCAGAAAUACCUCGUAAAUCUCAAUAAUAUGCGGUAUCUGCAAGCCAUGUCAUCCAAGCUUUUAGAAGCGCGGACGAUCAAACUGAAAAUCCACUACGCGCACGGUAACCUCAAGGCGAUUGCAAAAAUAUCGCAAUACAAUUUCGUUUAUGAAGCGGUUAGCGAAAGUACGGCGCACGCGUACGAUCGGGUGCUCAAUUACUUUCGCAUUCCGAUCACUGUUCUCACCCCGCUUCCGCUCGAUUUUAUGCGCGCCGCCGCCUCACACUCGCCGCUUUUCUCGCAGUGGUUUCAUCGCCACGUUGUGUUGUACAACUUCACCAGAGAAAAAUUUGUGAGUUGUGAAUAUUACGGUUAUGAAAACAUCACAGCGCGCGAACCACAGCCAAUGGGUGCGAUGGUUUCCGUGCAAGUUUGGAUGAACGAUGUGCACGAGUUACUCGAUACCUUUCUCGCUCUUCCGUUUCGAUACGAUGAGAGUUUCGAGAAGAAGUACUACGUACCAGGACACCCAAUCUUUCAAGAUAUGAAACGCGCCCGUCUGCGCUCGAUUGGCGAACUGCAGGAUCGUUUUAUAUUCGACUUUAUAAUAGGAAACACGGAUCGUGGAAUGGAAGGGCAUAACUGCUUUGUUUAUGGUGGAUGUAGCGCGAAUACGAAGUGUUCGAUGAUGAAGACGGAGGAUCGCAUUUACGGCCUCGCCAAGUAUGCUUAUUUGGAUCAUGGGUCUACCUUUCAUUCGCACAAUGAACCAGAGCAAAAUCCAUUCUCCGGUGACGCGAGCCGUAUCCAAAUCUGCCGAUUUCGCAAAUCCACCUUCAAAAAGCUAAAGCGAUACGAAUCGCGCAAGGAGAAUCCCUUCCCCCUUCUCGAAUCUGUAGGAAAGAGGAUUGAUACGGCGGUUUUCCGUAUCAUCUAUGAUUCUGUGUUUAGAAAAACACAAACGCGUCUGAACAAGGUUGUUUUUAUCAUGGAAAAUUGUCUACAGAAGUAUCCAAAAGAAGAGGUGUUUAGUAUACCGGACUACGACGAAGUACGAAUUGCAGAGGAAGAUAUUACCUUGAGCGAUGAUUAGUGGUCUACAACUGUUUAUAUAAUGAUAUUUACAUAUAUAUACAUAUUAUUAUUUGCUCAUUUUUUUCGUUGUAUAUGCCUGUCCAAAACGGAUGGCGAUGCCAUAGCGGUCGUACAUGUAAGUUCUGAGCGAUGGUUUUUAACUCAAUCCAUAAAUCACUCAUUUAGUGCUGUGUUACCCGCGGGCUGUAUAUUGAUUUCCCUCUCAAACUCAAAGGCUUUAUUUAGCUUGUAUCAAGAGUAGUAAGCAUGCAACGAUUGAUUCUUUUUAUUCCUUGAUGUGUGAAGAGUUCACUUCGCAUAAGAAGAAAAAGUUAUAGGAAAGGUAAAGCUUCAUAUGAUGUAUCUUUGAUAGCACAGCACGCCACUCUGCUUCCAAACGAGGUACGCUUCGUUAGAUAGCAUGAAUUAGACCCUUGCUGGCGAUCAUAGUAACAGAGGCUAUGAUCCUAUUGAAAUAUUCAUUUUUCUGAAUAUACUCCAAUUGUAUUAUUUACUCAAGUAUAUCCUGAUUUGUGGAAAUGACUAAAAUCGUUUUACUUCCUCGAGA